AUGGCGGACCAUCAAAAUAUUAUGUGUGAAGUAGAAAUUCAGCCGGACAUCCAAGAAUGCGUUGAAAUAGAAGCUAUACCUGUAGACAUGACCGACAACUGCGAUACUAUCGUAGAAUGUGGAGAACCUAUGAUGUCAAUGCAGUCUUUAGAAGGUAGAGACAUUAUUUUAGAGGCACAAGAGGAAAUCAUAGAUGAUUCCGGAGAUCCUUUAAAUUUAUAUGAUGUACCUGUGCCUGACUCGUCUGAUUUGUAUGUCGAAUCUUCCCCUGGACCAUCUAAACGGAAGAAAGCCAUGAAAAACCGUGGCGUGCUUGCUCGACGCGAGAAUGAAAUUUUGCUCAGUGAAAUGCAUGUCGAAGCAAAGCCUCGAAAGUGGGAACAGAAACAAGUGCAAAUAAAAACGAUGGAAGGCGAGUUUUCCGUAACAAUGUGGGCAUCAGGAACAAGCGACGAUGAAGGUUCUAAUCCUGAACCAGAUCCAGAUUACACUGAAUACAUGACUGGUAAAAAGAUACCAGUUGAUGGGAUACCUGGAUUGGAUUUGUCAGAUCCAAAACAAUUAGCUGAAUUUGCAAGACCUGGACUUAAAAGUCCUAGAGUUCGGAGACCAAAUCAAGACACAACAGAUAGAACCAUAGCUUGUCCUCAUAAAGGCUGCAAUAAAAUGUUUAGAGACAAUUCUGCUAUGAGAAAACAUUUACACACACAUGGACCUCGUGUCCAUGUUUGUGCUGAAUGUGGAAAAGCUUUUGUAGAAUCUAGUAAGCUCAAGCGCCAUCAAUUAGUACACACAGGAGAAAAACCAUUCCAAUGCACUUUUGAAGGAUGUGGGAAGAGGUUCAGUUUAGACUUUAACUUAAGAACACAUGUUCGGAUACAUACUGGAGACAGGCCGUAUGUAUGUCCAUUUGAUGGUUGUAACAAGAAAUUUGCACAAUCCACUAACCUGAAGAGUCAUAUUUUAACUCACGCCAAAUCUAAAAAUAAAAAUAAUUUACAACGUGGUACAAAUAGCAUACAAAUGAUCCAACAACCAUAUGUUAUGGAAGUGGCCGAUCCUGAUUAUAUUGUGUAUGCAGACUAG